AUGGCGGCUAGUGAGAAGGAAGAAUCGGGGUUUGAUCGCUUGUCAGAUGACGUUAUUUUGUGCAUAUUCAAAAAUUUAGAUUUAAAAGAUUAUUUCAACCUCAGAAAUGUAAACAAGAGGCUUGCUGGAAUAUGCAUGGACAAAUCACUUAUACGGCACUUAUCUUUUGCUCGCAAUUACUGGCUCACAGCUGAUAAAUUCCAACAAUAUGUGAAACCUGUACAAGACAAAAUCGAAACUUUGAAUCUAAAUUCUUGCUACUGGCUCAGACCGUCAGGGCUAGAUGUAAUUUCCAGCUGUAAAAAUGUGUCGUCAUUGCACCUCAUACAAGUGCGGAUUUCCAUCAAAAACUUAUGCAACAUCAUGUCAAGCUUGUCGUCAUUAACCAGUCUGUCAUUCUCAAUGUCUGACAUUCGAGACUUACAUCCGGAGCUGUCAGCUUCCCCUGGUGCGCAGGAAUGCCUGGCCCGGCUUGUAUCCCUGAGUCUGCACUUCCGACACCAGCUUGUCUACUCAAAUCGCCCUGUGAUAAAUUUUUGCUCUGGACCCACAUUGUUUGAGUACUGUAGAAACUUGGAGGAAUUCCACGUGUAUGGUUUUCCCAGCAAUGCGAGGGGGAUUCCAAAGUAUAUAUUUCAGCCUCAAAUUCUAAAACCUGAAAACUUGAAAAAUAUCAAGGUUAUGACCUUGAAUGAUGCAAUGGAUCCUGCAGCGAGGAUGUUUUUCUAUGGCACUUUGCUAGCUGUGUGUAAAUUAUCUGUGAAAUUUAGGACUUUGCUCCAGCCAUCGGGGAAUGUGGACCAGCUUUGGAGUAUGGAAGGAUAUGCAACAUGCUUGCAGAACAUGGAAGAUCUAGUCAAUUUUGACCCAUCGCGGACAACAUUCCAGAUACCUAGUGAGGUGUUACAUUUUGAGUCAGCUCGUAAUCUGCAGUACUUGAACCUGUCAGACAAUGCUGCUGUGACAUCCAAGACCCUACAUCUCCUCGCUGACACCUGUCCCAAGUUGACUAGCUUAAACCUACAAAACUGCAAUUACAUCUUGCUAGGCCCUGUACAGGCCAAUGCAGAGCAGCGGUGUACGUACAAUGACAUCAGUGGUCUACAGGCUCUCUUGCUGUCCUGUGUGCAGCUGCGCAGCCUCAACAUUAGUGGCAUCCAUAUUCACACGCAGGAUCUGUCAGCCACACCUUUCAGUAGCUUGGCUACUAUCCUCGCCCUCAACACAAAUUGGAAGUGUCUCUCCAUAUCUCCAUGCUGUUUGAGUGUUGAAAAAAGUUCAAAGAAUAGCAAACGAACUUUUUCCUUAUUACCCGAGGGUUACUUGGUCAAGAGACGGAGGAUAGGCUCAGGGGCUGCUUCAAAUCAGAGUUUAGCAGCGACUCAACUCCAAGGCUCAAACUCCCCGUCAACCUCACAAGAUGAUCCAUUAGCAUCUUCUUCAUCACCUCCAUCUUCCUCACCAACAACAGCCAAUCCUGAAGAGUCUGGGUAUGUGCCGGAGCUAGAGAAACUUGUGCGAAGCUGUCCAGACAUGGAGAACUUUGAGCUUAAUUGUUCUGGUUUUAGAUCUGCAUUCAAUAAGUACUUUGGUGUUCACCCUACAACCUGCACCUCCAGCCCCUGCAUGUUUUCCUUGACAGUUGGUGAUGGGGAAUUGCUCUGCAUUGGUCGAUGGAAAUACUUAAGAUCUCUACAACUCACUUCAAUACCUGGGGUAAACCAGGGUCACUCUCUUCUGGCAAUAGCCAAAGGUUGUGUGUCCUUAGAGCAGCUCUCCAUUGCCUGCCUUGGCCAGAUAGCCCAUUGCCUGUACAGGGGAGGUCUCCUCGCUGCUUUCCCUUUCUUCUUACAGCUCAGAGACUUUAGGUUAGAACACCCGUACAUGAAGGUGGAUGAGAUGAUGCUGUCUGCCAUGUCCAAGUGCACCACACUGGAGCGAGUCUGUAUUAUCGCCAAGAAUGGGACCAUGGAUACUGAGGGAGUCAAGGACUUUUUUGAACAGGUCCGGAGUCUGAUCAGCUUUCAGCUGUACACGGGAAGGUCCCUCAGUGUGUGUCGAGGCUUGCAGGCGUACCUUAUGGGCCGAUACAAGAAAAGCCGGCCAGCCAUCAGUGUUUGCAUCUACCCAUUGUUAAAUGGAGGUCUGCAAGAAGCGACGGCACAGCUCCCUGAUCAGCACAUUGAUGAGAUGACCAUUCUCAAGUCCACAGUGUCCAUUCGGCCUCAGGACUGGAGCAUUUUGUGAUAAAAAUCUGUAGGGGCAGAUUCUUGCUUUGUUGUGAUAAACCCAUCGUGCACAGUGCGGUCACAAGUGUGGGGCACCCGUCACACUUUUGUGCCUCUCUUGUAUGUCGGUAGCUGAAAAUGGCCCCGUUGUCAAUGGCCAAAAAAAUGCCCUACUUUCCUUCAGGGAAAACACCAUUACCCACUAAAAUGGGUGUAGUGUAGGUGGUUGGUGUUUUAGUCUAGCAUUAGAGAUACCGGCUUCACAAUUGUAAAACCACUGGUUUAUUUCUUGGUCAGUCAGGGGAAGUAUUGUUCCCUAACAAAAAAUACUUACCUUUUCACCAUGCUUCGGUCAGGUAUUUUGGUGAUUGAGCAAAGGGGAGAUAUGUUAGUGAUAGCACUUCAGCACCUAACAAGCUUUCUCUUUGUAAAUCCCUCAGGGGGCGGAAGUGAUAAUUGGGAAAAAUACAUGCUGGCUGCCAAAGACACAUGACAGUAAACUAUCACAUGUAAUCUUUGCUCCCUGGGUUGUCAUUUUAGUCUGAUCAAGCUGCUCAGUUGGGCCAACAUAGUCUGUGGUCAAAGAGAUAUGUGGGAUUUGCAGUUACUUUUUUAUGUUAUUUAUGAUAAAUACAGGCACUCGCAUAGCUCUACAAAAGCAGAAGAAACAGGCAAAUUUUUCUCAGAGGAAACAGUUUGGGUUGUCGGGCUUCAGUGUUGGUCGUUAUUGUAUCUUGUCACUCCCAAGAUAGCUUGAGGCUGAUAUUUUUUUUUUAUUUCACUUAUAUUAGUGCUUCUAUACUUUUAGUAGAUAAGCCUCUUUUUCUGCAGCUUUUAGUAUUUUUUGGGGGGCCUGUCUUUUAUUAUAGCUUUUGGCUGAGUUGGUCUCUCUUUGUUUUACCUCUGGGUUCAUCUCUGUCUCUUUUGUAGGGUUUGAGAUUUUUUAAAAGGUGAGUCUGUCUCUUUUUCUGCAGCGUUCGGGUGUUUUUGAAUUUAAAAGGUGAAUUGUUUGGCCGUUAAGCCAAGUUGUCCCAAUUGCAAACCUUUCACAGUCUACUCAUACCUUUUGGAGGGAUGAUUAAAGCCAAGAUAAUGAGUAACCAUGAGGUUUUGAAUAUGAAGAGUACAUUUUUGUGUGAUUUAUGACAAUUUGAAGACGAUCUAUAACAUUUAAUCUUGUGUGACUGAAUAAAUGGCUGUGUUUCUCGUUCUCUAUUAUUUAAUUGUGAGAACAGUUUCUUACAUAUUUUGUUAUGGACAGGUAUUUUGACUUUAAUUUGACAGUGUGGUAUGCUUUUCUCAAAAGCUUCAUGUUGGAAAAGUGAAUCACUAUUCCAUGUGCAAUGGGUUUUUUCACAAACGCUGUAUUGAUUUUUACCUACAAUAAUAUAAUCAAAACAGGAAGCAGGAACUGGGAUGAGGUACAUUUUUAUUACUUAUCUUUUUAAUAGCUUUCUGGCUGAAAAGUGGAGUUGCUAUCAUUUUAAAAAAGUUUGCAAUUACUUUCUAUUCUUUUCUCAUGUGUUUAAUAAUAGUAUAGAAAUACUUUUCUAUACAUUUUAGGAUACUUAUUUCCUGCUCAUUCUUAAUCUUAUCACGGGUUUUGUUCUUUUGGUCUGAUAAGCAUUCUGGAAAUACCUAGAUCUGUAGGAAUAGUUUCUCCAAUGUUUUUUUAAAAGUAUCAUUGUGGUCAGCUGCACUAUAUGAUAGCUACUUUUCUCUUUUUCUCUAAUUUUGGUAUCAGUUUGAGAUGUAAAUGAGGAGCAAACAUAGAGACAUCUCAUUUUGUGAUGCCAGCAUCAUUUAGGGAAAAAUUAAUUUGGACUUCACUUCUUGAAUUUUCUUUUUUUAUAUUUUCUUUAUUAAAGUUUACACUCUUUUGGGGUAUGGUGGGGGAGGGGUCAUUCAGCGCGACUGUGUGCUUGAAGAAGGACAUGGAUAUAAUGUACUGCCAAGUUUAGGAAAAACAAACAGCUCUAUUAUACUAUGUUGUGUUCAUGCUCGACUUCUUUACAGGAAACCUAAUUGCCAAUGAAAAAGUUGUGAGUGCAUAAAAGUCUGUGUUGCUUUCAUGGCCAACACCCUCUUCUUUGCUUAUUUGAUGGAUGACCAGUAUCCCUUGUUGGCAUGACGGAGUUAGCUGCUCCUGUUGUGGCAGCUGUUUUAGUCAUAAAUGGACAGCACAAACUCCACCAAUACCCCAUGUGGAUUACCGCACUUUUGGAAUAUUGUUUUGAACUGGUUGAUUUCGCACUUUUGUGUAAGAUAAUUUUUGGAAUCUGCUCUUUUUGGUCAAAUUUGUAAUGCCCAACUCUAAAGAAAAACCCAGUGUAGAUGUAGGCCAUCCAUGGAACAAGCUGACAUAUUCUGUAUAUAGCGGUUAGAUGCUUCAUCAUCGAACUGUGAAGGCCUGAGUUUGAUUCUCAUGUGGGGAGGAGUUUUAUUGAAUGUCUCCAUGUUUCUGCUGAGUUGCUGUCUUUUUGUCCCUGACGGGCAGGGUAAAAGCCAGCCUCUAAAAUGAUUUGAAUUGUGUGAUGGGGUUGAAAAACUCCUAAAUUUUUUAAUCCUCGUAAUGAACAUCUUGAGAGUUCUGGCAUAGGUUGUGUAAUAAAGUGUGAAACUCAAGUCGUGAACACAACACAGUAAUGUACCAGUGCUUUACAUAUAAAGGUUCAAAAUGGAGACAGUCAUGUGGAUUUGGGACCAAGUUUGAUCUAUUUUGCAGCUGAAUGUUUAUUGUAUUCAGGGUAGGUUAAUGACAAUUUCUACUGUAUUUUAGUUUGUGUUAAGGUAUCUAUAUAUUUAUGUAUGUGCAUAUGUGACGACUAAAAUACUGGAUUGUUGGGAUGUCCUACUUUCAAAUAUCUGUGAGGUAUAUUUUUAUAUUAUAUUGGAUGUUUAGAGAUUCUUUGAGGCUCCCAUCUGAGCGAUGUUCUUUCUGGUUAAUUGAUUUUUACAACACUUCCUACAUAAUAUAACUAGUGUACUUGGUAAACGUUACUAUGCUAUAUUCUUCCAUGUGUAUGACAGAGAGUGUCAGAGGAGGGAGGAAAAAAAUAUUGGUCUGCUGGGGAUUGGAAGGCUUGGGUGCUCAGGAUACUAUGUGAGACCAAGCCCCCAGGUGUCAUUUAUUCGAGUCUUCCUUAGCCCAGUCUAAAUAUAUGCCCAGAACAUGAAACUUGUAAAUUUGGUUAUGGUGUGUUGUAUGACUCUCAGGGAAGGAAAGUGCUUCUUUUCUUUACACUAAUGUCUUUUGUUUUUUAUAUUUAAUUGAAGAUUUUCUAUUCUAUUUACAAGCAUUUUUUUUCAACUGUUUUGACAGAAAAGGCUGAUUUGUUAAAAAUUGUUCUUUCCUUCUUCCCUUUCCCACUAUUUUGCAGAGUUUUCUUUUAGAAAAGCUGAAUUCACAUAUCUGUAACCACAGAGAUGGAUGCUGCAAAGGAUCCAGAAAGGUUGAUCUCUUUUCUUCAGUGCACAAUACAUAAUUUACUGUGACUUCCGAGUUUGAUGUGAGCAUUGUUGCCGUAAUUUGGGAUAUCGUCAUUAUGUCAUUUCUGUGAAGUAAAAAGUUUUUUCCUAGACAAUGGAAGUUGGCACAGGAACAAGUCUGUCAAAGUUCUCAGUUUCAUCACUUCAAAUGCCGUUCAUCUAACUUCACCAAAAGCAACACUUUUUUUCAACCUGUUUUUAUCCUGUGAGCAGCAAGCACAACUCAGUUUGCAAAAUUUUCCUUGGUCUGAAGCGUAUAAAAAAAUGAAAUUCCGAGGUAAUUCAAACCUGAGUGUUUUCUUUUCUUUCAGCGCGUGCAAGUAUGGCUGCGACAACGUCGAUUUGUGUGUCUGUUGCUGAAUCUAAUAAAAGUAUUGGGCAGUUUCUGGACUGUAUUUAUAAUGAAUUUGAUGUAGAAGAUGAAAUUUCGAUCCCUGUAAUUGAGGAGAGGAAAAUUAGACAUUUUUGGAAUCAACAAAUUAAAAAAAUGAGUAGCUCCAUUUUUUACAGUCAACACACAUCACUUGUGUAAUCUAUUCUUAUUAUAUUCAUGGGUCUUUUGUGUCUGUACCUUCACAGGUUACCUUUUGAUGAAUGUUUUUCUGACCUGCCCUAGUUUUAUGAAAAUCUUAGAAAAAUGUUCCACUGCCAGAACUUCCUGGUUUCAUUCUAUCUGCCACCUGAAGAGUUAAAAUUUCAACUGCUUUGGAUCUUCCUGUUCAAGAUUCGUACAUUUGGAUGCCUGGAAGCCUAUGGUAUAUCCAAGUGGCAAAUAUGCUCACUUAUUACAAAUCUUUACUGUGAAGUCCGAUUAGGCUUUGCUUCAUGCUUACUGUCUAACCAGUGGCUGUUCAUUAAAAGUUGUACACGGAAAUAAAGGUAAGCUGGAAACUUUCUGCAUUUCAAAAAAAAUCGGAGUGUUUAUAGUAGCGUUAAUCACUAAGGAGAACCAAUAAUUUGUUUCUUCCUUAUCUCAUGUCCAUCCAUUUCUCUCCUCAUUUCUUUCUUAUUUCCUCCAGGGGUUUUUUUCUUCCUGUUUCGUUUUUUUCUCAUGCUGAGUCCUCUGUGGAUGUAGAAAUUUAACCAAUUUUUUUUUUAUCCAUACAUGUUGAAUCCACGCAAGGUAACAGUUCUCACGUUUAAAGGGUGUUUUGGGGUGGUUUUAAAAAAAAUAAAUGACACAUUGUGCAUGAAGUCUGUGUUUCUUGUAAGGUUUGAUUAAUAAUUGUUUGUCAGCGUUCUUUCACGGAAGUGGUUUUUGAAUCUCAUUUUGUUUGGAGUGGCAUCCGGAGGGAUUUUAUGUUAUUAAAUUUCAGGUCAGUUGUGUUAGAUCUGUAGCUUUUUGUUAUCCACAUUUCCCUCUGGGAAUGAUGAAUGUAUGUGCAUGCAAUUAUCUAGCAUCUGCAUUUGUUGCCUUUUUUUUUGUCCAAAAGUUGCCACAAAAAUGCAAAAAAA